CCAGGUUGAACAAAGACACCACAGGCUUUUCUUUAACCGGGGAAAGACGUGUACAGCUACAGAAGAUAUCAGUAACGAAGUAACGGAUGUUAAAGACUGGUGUCAUUUCGUGUGUACCGAUCUUAUUGGUGUAUACGUUUAUUUCCUGCUCAGAGAAAGUGAGAGCGAGAGAUCGAGACGCAGGAGAAAUAGUUUGAUUUCUGCGCAAGAAAAGUUUUACAGAACAAGUGUCCUUUGCUAAAAAGGAAAACUGAACAUAGAUUCUGGUGAGGAUAAACUGAUCCUAGAUCUGUGCCUGCUAGAGGAAACCUCUACCCAAAUCAAUGAUUCUGGUGAGGAUAAACUGAUCCUAGAUCUGUGCCUGCUAGAGGAAACCUCUACCCAAAUCAAAGAUUCUGGUUUGAUGGCGGAUAAGGAGGAGAAGCCUGUGGGAGAGGAGGACGACGAGACAGACCUGAACUACACUCCACCAGCCCAGAAGAGCCUGCAGGAGAUACAGGAACUAGACAAGGAUGAUGAGAGUCUCAGGAAAUACAAACAGACUCUACUAGGAGCUGGACCAGUGGUGGCAGACCUGACCAUUCCCAAUGUCCAGGUCACCAGACUGACCCUGAUGUGUGACCAAGCACCUGGCCCCAUCACCAUGGACCUCUCAGGUAAAUACCACUCCUUUAUCCCUAUCCAUCCUAUCUCACCACUACCACUCCAUCUCUCCAUCCCUCUCCUGCCCUCACUAUCUCUCCAUCCCUCUCCUGCCCUCACUAUCUCUCCAUCCCUCUCCUGCCCUCACUAUCUCUCCAUCCCUCUCCUGCCCUCACUAUCUCUCCAUCCCUCUCCUGCCCUCACUAUGUCUCCAUCCCUCUCCUGCCCUCACCAUCUCUCCAUCCCUCUCCUGCCCUCACUAUCUCUCCAUCCCUCUCCUGCCCUCACUAUCUCUCCAUCCCUCUCCUGCCCUCACCAUCUCUCCAUCCCUCUCCUGCACUCACUAUCUCUCCAUCCUCCAUCCCUCUCUUUCCCUCACUAUCUCUCCAUCCCUCUCUUUUCCUCACUAUCUCUCCAUCCCUCUCCUGCCCUCACUAUCUCUCAUCCCUCUCUUUUCCUCACUAUCUCUCCAUCCCUCUCCUGCCCUCACGAUCUCUCCACCCCUCUCCUGCCCUCACUAUCUCUCCAUCCCUCUCUUUCCCUCACCAUCUCUCCAUCCUUCUCCUGCACUCACUAUCUCUCCAUCCCUCCAUCCCUCUCUUUCCCUCACUAUCUCUCCAUCCCUCUCCGGCCCUCACUAUCUCUCCAUCCCUCUCUUUCCCUCACUAUCUCUCCAUCCCUCUCCGGCCCUCACUAUCUCUCCAUCCCUCUCCAGCCCUCACUAUCUCUCCAUCCUCCAGCCCUCUCCUGCCCUCACUAUCUCUCCAUCCCUCCAUCCCUCUCUUUUCCUCACUAUCUCUCCAUCCCUCUCUUUCCCUCACUAUCUCUCCAUCUAUGACUUGUAACUCUCUGA